AUGUCGUUGAGACUCGUGGUGCCAACCACAAUGAUCCAAGAGGUGCUACACAACUGUCACGACUCCAUUGAAGGAGGGCACCAAGUGAAACACGACUACUACUGGAUCGGUCUCUACGCAGAUGUGGAGAAACAUGUGAAAUUAUGUCUCGACUGCAGCUCAAGUAAGAGCUUGCCGCAGCUCAAAGGCUACUCACCUGGCAAUGAGCUCGCAGAGCGACCAUUCCAGGUGGUGUCAAUGGACUUUGUGAUCUUCUACCGAGAUCUCGUCGAGGGAACACUGCCUUAUUGCUAUGGCAGUGAUCGUUUACGGGGUUUGUGA